CGCGAAUUCACGAGACAAAGACAACAACGACGACCAUGUCGCGGUAAUGACAGACUAACUUAUUUCUUAGGCUUCCUGAGGUAAGUCCAUACCUUUUCAUCAAUUCUGCCUUUGUUGUUUAUUCUCCUCCGUUUCGACAAUGUCGACAAUGGCAACUUCUCUUGUGCCUUUGUCGGUGAAGUCGACGGCCGAGACGGCUCUCCAAGGCACUCAGAGUGUUGCCUCUGCUCUACGGACCACCCAGCACGUCGUCAGCAAUGAGGUCGCAAGCGGGACAAACUAUCUCAAGAGAAAGGCGCAAGAAGUACGCAUGACACCGACAAAGUCACCUCUCAACUCGACGAGUUUCUCUACACCCCCUCCUUCGCCGGGAAACUUCCGACAUCCCAGGCUCACCGAGAUCCUCGCACGAGAAUCGGCCACGUCCAUAUCGGAGAGAAGAGUCAAGGGGGCAGCCAUCAACGCCGCAGUUCUGCUCUUCUCCCUCGUCUUCAGCGACGCAUUCUGUUCAUGUGUGACUCGGCUCCUGUCAUGGAGCGGGAUCGAUCCCUCACAAACCCUUUCCACGACGAUCGUCCUCGUCCGACUGGUCAGCUUUGCCAACAUUGUCCUGUGCCUACAACCUGUCAUGCCGUACAUUUCGAAAAAGGACCAAAUCACAGACAUCCCCCUGACGCCGUCUCAGCGCUCUCUCCUGGGCCUCGAUCCGUCCGUGCAGCCGACCCCGAGCCCGGCAGGCUCGAGUCUGAGCUACAUCACCCCUCCGCGGUAUCGACGGUCGUCCGGCUCCUUCACCGGCAGUUCUCCACUGAGCGGACAACAAGGCCUGUCGUCGACGGGUCGUCGAAGCAUCUCUGCAAACUACACCUCCUCGCCACUCUCGACCUCCAGACACGCCGUGGGCUUUUCUGGAACCCCCGUGCGCCGCGGUACAGACUUGUCCACGACAGGUUCGGGGUUCUCUCCGUCGCCUGCCGCCACCGCCAGCCCUCUGUUCCACAAAUCACUCAACCACUCCUCUUCACAGAUUCUUCCGGACGUCGAUUUUGGAGUCACCGGGAGAUCUUCAUUUGGCGGAGCGACAAGCACGGGUUCGGGCCUGGGCCGCUCACAGAGCCUGCGUGAACGACCCAGGAGGGAGAGCCUCGAACCCGGAUCUCCCGCGUCUCGGAACAAGAGCCCGCAGAUCGUCCCCGGCGUGAACUACAAGUGGUUGUAUGACAAGGGCAGAGGCUUACCGAAGAGUGAAUCUUAUGGAUUCUGAUGACGUUGUUCCCCGUUCACUUCUUGCGUGGCAUGCUCAUGAUUUCAAUUUUCUUUUUGGAUCACAGGCUUCUUCUUGGUCACGGAGCAACAACAAAGAUACAUGCACGGCGUGUUGGGGGUUUCAGUGAUUCACAAAAAUGAACAAAACUUGAAUCACAGUUAGAGGCGCGAGUCUAGCUGUUCCUGUUUUGCCGGUUCCUAUCCUCGACGGCAUACAUGACAGCAGGAAUCAAAAACAAUAGAUACCCCCCCAAGUUACUCCGUAUCAAAGACUUCAAAACUGUAUGACAAUUAUAUCGUGUCACAUUGGAGGCUGGUCGGUUUCCAUUGUGGCUAACAGAAGAAGAAGAAAUACUAGUUGAAC